AUGUAUCAAAGUUCAAGCCAGUCGACUGGUCUGUCGAGUAGUCAAAAAACACGCAAACCCUAUUUCAUGCCUUAUAUGAGCUCGGACGCGGUAGCCAGAGGUUUAGCUACAGGUGAUCUGCUGAAGGUGAUUAAAGUGUUUUCUAAGAGUUUAGCGCAGUAUCUGAACUACCUCACUCCCUUCUACUUCAUUCAUGCGCAGCAACACAUGUGGACACUGGAGAAAUACCAGAUUCGUGAGAACCUCUACCAAGCAUGGCGAGCAGGUCAUUUGAACGUAUCGCGUGAAGAUAAUGGCCAACCAAUCACUAUUCCACCUGUGGCUGCUCCGAAAUGUGAUGACCUGGUUGAGAUAUCUAUUGGAGGUUUGACUGAUUCACUCAUUAGGAGGGCAAGUUUGAAUCAAACGGUGCCUCCUAGUAAAGAUAGAAAGUACGGCCGACAAGCAAUGGUGAUUAUUGGAGCCCAGCUCGAGAUCGCUCGUCGAGAGUGCAUGUUGGGCCAAGGGUCAGCUUUGCCUAUGCCUCAUCCUAGCCUUCCUUCUCUAGAUGUACAGAGGACCGUCGAUUCACUAUCGAUAGGACGUAUGGGUGACUUGACAACGUUGACGAACACACAAGUAGCAAGAAAAAUUGCUGGUAUAACUAAACGUGGCCAAAUCUCUGCACGUGGGAAGCGAUCUGUUUACAGAACACUCUCUGACAUGCCCGAUGAAGACUGGGGAGUGCCAGACGUGUGCCUUCAGAAAACUGCUGAGGUGAUGUAUAUCAUGGAAAUGAAAAACUGUCGAGCGACAAUGGGACAAUUGAAAAUGAUGACGGAUGGUAAUCUUAACUGGGCACUGUUUUCACCAACUGAUUCUCGUAUGCCACGUAUGUUGAUUCCUGCAGAACAGUUGCCAUCUGGAUUCUUCGAAAAGCCACAGUCUGAAACUGAAGGUCUCUUGUUCGCGAACAAUAUCGACACACGCGAAUUUUCUGUUCCAGUCAUGAAUUGUCUACCUAUAAUUGAGUCUAAACAGUGGACAAUAGAUGAGAAGGAGUUCAAAUAUCGACGCGAUUUACGUCAUACCGUCACGUUCACCAUUAGUGCUAAGAAUGCUCACGAAUUAGAGGACGCAUUGUCUAUUGAUGAAAUAAACAGUUGCGACGGUAAAGGAACACCUGGAUUUGAAAUCGGAGUUCAUGUGGCUGAUGUGUCCCAUUUUGUUUUCGAAAAUACCGAACUGGAUACAUGGGCAGCAAAUAGAGCUUGUACUGUCAAUCUUGUUCACAAGUCCAUCCCUAUGUUACCGCGUGUUCUUACUGAGGAUGUCUGCAGUUUUAUACCAGGUAAAGAUCGGCUAGCCUUUUCUGUUAUGUGGAAGAUGGACAAGGAUGGCUCUGUAGUCGAUGAGUGGUUCGGACGUACAAUCAUUCGGUCUCGCAUUCAGCUAGAUUACAGUCAUGUCCAGGGAUUUAUCGAGGAACCUGAGAAAAUACUUGUGGAAGAAGAUUAUCCUGAAAUCCAUGGCGAUGUUUCACUUCCUGAAAUUCGAAGAAAGGUGAUGCAGUUACAUAUGCUCGCCCGUCGUUUGCGUUCUACACGUGUGAAGAAUGGAGCACUGCGCAUCGAACAACCGAGGUUGGUGUUUACUCUGAAUGCGGAGACAAAGAUGCCGAUUUCGGUGAAAGCAGAGGAGCUACAAGAGUCGCAUAAAUUGGUGAAAGAGUUCAUGCUAUUGGCAAAUGUUUGCGUGGCAACGAAGAUAGAAUCGCAUUUCCCGCGUACUGCAUUUCUUCGGAGGCACUCGGCGCCUAAGCAGAAAUUCCUUCGGGAAGUUCUGGAGCUGUGCGAGAAAAUCGGUUUUCCUCUGGAUGCCGAGUCAUCUGCUCGCCUAGCGUCUUCGCUGAGUAAGUUCCAGGGUGGAAAUUCGCUUCUACAGUCAAUAAACCAGGUACUUUCGAUGCUAUUAGCCAAGCCGAUGCAAAUGGGAUACUACAUGUGCGCUGGAUCUGCAAAAAAACGCGGCGAGUACCACCACUAUGCACUGAAUGUACCGUUAUAUACGCAUUUCACGUCCCCAUUGCGGCGUUAUGCUGACAUAAUAGUUCAUCGACAACUUGCUGCAGCACUCGGCUACUGUCCACCAACGGAAAAAACUGUUGCUGAUUUAGAAAAGCUGGCUCAACACUGCAAUGAUAAAAAAUUGGCAGCAAGAGCAGUUAGCAGUUCGAGUGACGACACGUUCUUUGGUCUGUUCGUUAAGCAGAAUAGCCCGAUUGAAGCACGUGGAGUUGUGGUCCAUGUAAUGGACGCUUCGUUUGACGUUCUCGUGUUGAAAUACGGAAUUGUGAAGAGAGUCUACAUAAAUGUCGGUAUUCUUCUAGACCGUUUGGACAUGGCAAGAGAUCCGAUAUUCAUCGACGGUCCACCUGCUCAGCUUACAUUGUUCUGGAAUCCUCCAAUGUCAACCGUACAAGAGAGAAACAAUGCAGUUAUCGAGCAGACCAUUCAGAUGUGCACUGUGGUUGACGUCAUCUUAACCGCACUGUCAGAACCGACAAAGUAUCAAGCACUAAUUCGUAUGGCCACAAAUUGGGAUACGCACACGUUGCUGGAAUUGAUGGAAAACAAGUGCUAA